CACAAACUAAAAAUUAUCAGCCUGAUCGUUUUCAUCGAUGCAGGCACCCGGUCAGGCGUCUCAAGCCUUCUACAGACAAUUUUAUCGGUGGUCAAUUGCUUGCUCGGUGCCCGCAGAAGUGCAUCGCGGCAUUACGCAUUUACCUCGAAGAUGUUAUAGUAGUUCAUUUCGAGGCGGCCGGUUGGGCAACAGAGCCUCACAAGCAUAUCAGGAGCUCAGAAUAUCGACAGUCAACGGUGUGAUCAAUAAUACGAGCUCAUCGACGCGCCGAGCACUUUCCUCGGGCCAAAAACAUGCUUCUUCUCUUGGUAAUGAGGGUUCAGGACUCGUUAACGACGAUGCGCGACUGGAAGCCAGAUCCACCGUGAUAGACUCACUGAGAUCGGACACCGAUGACCAACUCGUGGAGAAUUUCAAGACAGCUUGUCGGCAUCUGAGCAAUCCGGUCGUCCUGAUCACAUCCCGUUUGCCGACAAGAAAUUCAGAGCUAAACGGCGAACAUGAUUUCGGUGUCACCGUCUCGUCGUUCACGUCUGUAUCUGUGGACCCGGAUGCUCUCGUAUCAUUCAACUUAAAGCUGCCGAGCGCUUCAUGGAAUGCCAUAUCAUCAUCUGGACGUUUGCGAGUCCACAUCUUGAGGGCAGACGAAACAGGCGCAGCGAUAGCGGAUCUUUUCGCGCAGCCAUCCAGCGAGGGGCCCUUUGUCAGACUGUUGAAGACCGGUGUCGAAGUCCGACUCUCAUCAACAGAGCCGGCAAGUCUCAAUCACGUAGUUGGUGUCGUUGGGAAUCUGACCGCCGAGCUUGUCCGAGAGAAAUGCGUCGAAUGUGGAGACCACAUGAUUGUGGUUGCGAAAGUGGUCGCCUGCGCCGGAUUCACUGCAGCAGAAACGAUUCCUGACACCGGCUUUGAAGGAUUGACGUAUUUAAACAGGAGCUAUCGACGAUUGGGUGAUUGCAUUGAACCAAAGUUGCCGUCGCCAGAACUGAAACCCGACGAGGCUGUGAAGGAAGAUGAUCGGCGAAAGAGAGCGCGGUUGUUCAUCGACAGACUCAAUGCUGAGAGAUCUGCGGCUGCGCAGCGCAGAGGACAGCAACAAAUUCGUUCCUUCUCAACCACCACUGGGUUGAGGCAUGCUGAACAUGACAAUACCUCCCAUACAGACGACGCGACGCACUUGAUUGAUCCUGCAGCCAAAGGGAUGACGGUAGCGGACUUCCUAGAGAUGCCGGCCAACAACAAACCGCCUAAAUCACAUCCGCCUCGUAUGCGCAAGAUUGCAAAAUGCAAAGAACAUGUGGAAAAGGCCGAGGAGGCUCUCGCGCAGCAUUCAUCUCGUGAGAGCAGACUGUCCAAAAGUGAGGUCGAACAACAGCUAAGAAUUAUCCGAGCCUUUCGACGUACCAUCGAUGUGGAACUUGCUCAUGUAGCCGCGCUCGACCUCCGCACUAUGCUCGAUCGCGGGAGGUCGGAUCAUGCACGAGCGGCGUGGCUGGAGAAAACGAUUGAGAAAGGCCUUGUGAUCUGCCAAGAGGACGCCAUACGUGCCAAGGAAUUGUUGGACGCGCGAAAGAUGGAUCAAAGACAAUUUGAUAAACGGAAGAGCAAACUGCUCGCAAAACACGACCUUUUCAAGAUCGAAGUGGAUCGAUUGAGAAGCUCGAUCAUUGAGGAAAAUGAAGGUUGAGAUAGUAUCCCAUGGAGUCAGAGAGACUUUGUAAUAUAUCUUUCCAUUAAGCUCAACGCUGCGCAAAAUUGAAUAACUAUAUCCGAACC